AUGAUUUUAUUACAUGCAUUUACAGAUGCCUCUCAGAAAGCUUAUGCAACAGUUUUAUGUGUGAGGUGUAGAAAUGAAAAGGUUGAUUAUGAUUGUAAUAUCUUAUUUUCCAAAACGAGAUUAAAUUCUUGUAAAGAAAUAUCGAUUACCCGACUAGAAUUGCUUGCCAUUUUAAUUGGAGUAAGCGCAAUAAAAUUUGUAAGGAAAGAGACAAAUGGCUCUGAAUGUGCACUUAAUUGGGUCCAUUCAUCUAAGUUAUUACCAAGAUUCAUAGAAAAUAGAGUAACAGAAAUUCGCAGUUACAACAAUUUAGAAUUCAAACAUAUUUCAGGAGUAAAAAAUCCUGCUGAUAUUCCGACACGUGAGUUUACAUUAAUAGAACUUCGUUUGUGGCUUUUGGAAAGGGAAUAUCUAGGCCUGAAUAUACAAAGCCAAAAGUUCAUCUUUUCGGAAUGUACAGGUAAGAAAUUGAUUGAGUUUCAAAUUUACCAUCGUCUAUUGUUUGAGAUUUUUAAGAAAUAAAA